AUGCGAAGCAACAGCGACGGGCACGACGCGUUCGUGUUUCUUAGUCAACCGUCCGGAAACGCAAAGCCGAGAAACGAAACAUCGACGGCGAAGAAAAACGAAAACGUCAAUAAGAACGAGAAGGCCGGUAGGGUAGGCGUCGAGAAGGCGAAACCAAACGAGAAGGCGAAGGCGAAGGGGGUGAGGGGAUCAGGUGAAACGGCGUCGUCGGCGCACGAGAGGCACUACGUGAAGAAUAGGGCCAAGAAAGAGGGAGAAAAGCGGAAAUCGUAUUUGCCGUACAAGCAGGUUGGGUUUUUCACUAAUGUGAACGGGUUUAGCCGGAACGUCCAUCCCUUCUAA